AUGCCGCCCGAGGGUGGUGCCGAGGAAGCAUCUGAGAUAGAUGGCUCCACACCGGCUUCAACUCCGGCCCCCUCGCCUCCCGCAUCAUCUCCUAUAGAUGAGGACAGAGACACAAGACAGACUCCGAUUAGCGAGGGCGGCAAAGACACGCCAAAGGCAAAGCUGGACAAGGGCCAGAAGACGUUCAAGGAAACCAAGGGCACCAAGUCUCAAGUCUUCCAGACCGGACCUGGCCAGCCAGGGCAACAAGCAGAGGAAGUGAUGCUGGCCGAAGCGGAGGAGGACCAUCAGGCCCAGAGCAGCUCUUCGAAGAAGAAGAAGAGCGAGUCCAGCAAGGUGGGCGAGAAGCCCAAAGGAAAGAGUGACAAGCUCCAUGGCCCAGGCUCAAAACAGAAGACCAAGGCAGGUGAAAAGAAGGGAAAAGAGUCGAAGCCUGGUGAAGGGGCUGAUGUGGAGGGAAAGACUCCAAAGAUGACGGAGGGAGGAGAGACCGAAGGUGAAGAAUCGGUACAAGGCGGAAGCACCCGGCGCGGCAGAAAGAGGCGUUUCGGUUCUGCCCCCGGGAAACCAAAAGACAAGGGCGAGAAGAUGGGUGAAAAGCAGGGCAAGACAACUGCGCGCCGUGCGGGAUGCAUUUUCCCUGUGGCUCGCAUCCACCGGUUCCUCAAGUCGUACGCGACGGCAAAGAUGCGAGUCGGCGGUUCUGCUGGUAUCUUCACGGCCGCUGUGAUGGAGUACUUGGCAGCAGAGGUGCUGGAGCUUGCUGGCAACGUUUGUGGGGACUAUCACCUCAAGCGCAUUACGCCGCGGCACUUGCAGAUUGCAAUUCGCAGCGAUGAAGAGCUUGCCGGCUUCGUCAAGGCAACGAUUGCUGGAGGGGGCGUCAUCCCAAACAUCAACCAGUCCUUGUUCCCCAAUAUUCGGCUCCGCGAAGAUGAAGCGUACAAGGUGAAGUUCACAUCCAAGAGACAGCUUCACAUCGAUCCUGGAGCCGAAAUGUACGGACCCGGGCCGUUCGGAAAGGGGCUCACGAGUGCCAAGCGUUGCAGGAUCAGGCUGAACAUGAAGGCCGAGAGCGAGAAAUUCCGACUCGAAGCUAACAAAGCUAGCUGGACUCAUGGGCCGCAGGCGCAUGCGAGGCACUACCCCGCAAACUUGGUCAUCACGUCAAAGUACACGAUCUUAAAUUUUGCCCGAGGCAACUACACUCCUUUAUUCUACGGCUUCAUUAAGUUUUACUCCACAUUCGCAGCUUUGCUCAUCAUGAUGACAGCAUCAGCCGUCAUUGCAGCCCUUGACGACAAGCGUCGCCAUGAAGCUGAUGUAAUCACCAACAGUCAAACAGCUCACCGACUCAGAGUCCAUGGAGGCAAAGGCGUCCUAGAGGACGUGGUUUGGGCAGAUGUGGUGGUUGGUGAUGUUCUUGUGGUGGCUGGAGAGGAAGAAUUCCCUGCUGACCUGGUUCCACUGGCCUCAUCCAGCGAGGGUGGGUGCUACGUGUCGACCGCCAACCUCGAUGGCGAAACAAACUUGAAGCUCAAAGAAUCAGCUUCAUCGACGCAGCGGGCUUUGGUCCGCGGCGCGGACAACGCGCGGCCGCUCUUGGACCAAGCUGUUGAGAGGCUCAGUUCCCUUGCUGAGGGUCUUCUGGUGGCGGAGGCGCCCCAGAAAUCCAUCCACACCUUCAAGGGAUGCUUGCGCCAGAGCGGCGCCGAAGAGCCCCUGAGCUCGAAGAACUUCUUGCUCCGUGGCACGGUCCUGAAAAACACCUCCUGGGUUUUGGGAGUGGUGAUCUACACCGGACCGGAGACACGGAUGGUCAUGAACUCCAGAAAGGCCAAGGCCAAAUACGCCAACAUAGAGAGGGUAAUCAACCGCUCCAUGUUGGUGGUUGUUGGUGCACAAUGUUUGAUGGCGCUCAUCAACGAUAUCGUAUACCUCGCGACCAAAGAGCAGUUCAUGAGGUACUGGUACCUGUUUCCAGCCGGAGAAUCCCGGCAGAUCAUUCUGCCAGAGUGUAUAGGUUACUGGCUCACCUUUUUCGUGCUUUAUUCGAAUUUGAUGCCCAUAUCUCUUUACUUCACAAUGGAGGUGUGCAAUACUGCGCAGGCAUACUUCAUCAAGAACGACAUUGAGAUGUAUGACGAGGCCCAAGACUGCCCAGCAAACGCUCGAACAACGAACCUUUGCCAUGAGCUUGGGCAAGUCUCAUACAUCUUCUCAGACAAGACGGGAACGCUGACACAGAACGUCAUGGAGCUGAAGCGCCUCUCCAUUCAAGGCAUGGAGAAGCUCAUGGAAUCGCUGUCUGCUGGCAGAAUGUGGGUUCCAGGGUCGACCGGCGAUGAAGCUGGCGAGGUGUUGGCGGUGUCGCAUACAGUGGUCUCCACUCGCGAUCGAGCCGGCAACCUCAAGUACGAGGCCGAAAGCCCCGACGAAGGUGCUCUGGUUGAGGCUGUGAGCGACCUGGGCUGGAGCUUUAUGGGGCGAACCAACGAGGAACUCACAGUCGAGGUGGAAGCUGAAGCCUCGAGGAUACCUAGGGUGUACCAGGUUUUGGGCCUGAACGCCUUCACGUCAGCCAGGAAACGACAAUCCGUUGUCGUAAGACGACCUUCCGGGGAGGCCCUCCUCCUCGUCAAGGGUGCGGAUGAUAUCAUGCAGCAGCUGGCCAAGGAUCCGAGAACCUUUCCGGAGGAGCAUCUACAGAUGUUUGCCAAGCAGGGCCUGCGGACGCUGGUUCUGGGGAGGCGCUUCCUCACAGAGCAAGAGCUCCAAGGCUGGCAAGCCGACUACGCCAGGGCACAGUCUUCCAUGGAGGACAGAGAAGCUGCUCUGGCAGGUGUUGCUGCUCGGAUAGAGAGUUCACUGGAGAUAGUCGGAGUCACAGCCAUAGAGGACAAGUUGCAGGUGGGUGUGGAGGAUGCGAUCGUCAAGAUUCGGCAGGUUGCCCGACUGUCUCGCAUGUAG